AUGGAUUUCUCUCUUCUAGUGAGGCAAUGCGCGAAGGCCAGGGAUUUGGCACAGGCGCGGCAGAUUCUGGCAGCAAUCCAGCUCAAUCCAUAUCGAUGCCUGGAUCAGGACACCCAUCUGGGAAAUCUUCUCAUCGACAUGUUUGGGAAAUGUGGCUGCACGGGCGAUGCGAUUGAGAUCUUUGAUCGCAACAUCGCGUCCCGCAAUGUCUUCUCCUGGAACAUCCUGCUUGCGGCUUUGAGCCAGAAUGGAGAGCUCCACAGCGCUCGGUUCCUAUUCCAGCGAGUCCCCUGCCACGAUCUCGUUACCUGGAACACGAUGCUCAGCAGCGAAUCCUCAUCCGCCAGCGCCAAAUCGCUCUUCGAUCAAAUGCCUCAGCGGAACCUCCUCUCCUGGACAGCCAUGAUCAUCGCCGCCGCCGCCGUUGCUGCCGAUUCGUGGGAGAGUUUCAUUAGAAUCCCCGAGCGUGAUGCCAUGGCAUACAAUGCCAUCAUUAGGGUUCUUGCGCGACAUGGGCAAUUAGCCCGUGGCGAGAGGAUCUUAGCCCAGAUGCCUAAUCCCGAGGAUGUGACGUGGACAACGCUAAUCCAAGCAUAUGCCCAGACUGGGCAUCUGGAGCGUGCAAAGGAACUGUUUAUAUCUUCUGGCUUUCAAACCAAUCUCAUCUCAACGGCCAUGAUACAAGCUUUCUCACACAGCUACCGGCUGUAUGACGCAGAGAGAGUUUAUAAUAAGCUCUCUAGCCCAGAUUCUCUGGCAUCGACAGCGAUGCUAACCGCAUAUGCCCAAUGCGGGCAUAUUCAUAAAGCACGCAUAUUCUUUUUAGCGAUGCCCAAGAGGUCCCUAGCUUCUUGGAACGCGAUGCUCACGGGGCUCUCGCAAAAGCACGAACUGAUAGAAGCGUUUAAGACUUUUUGUUUGAUGCCACAGCGUGAUCUCAAGUCGUGGAACUUGAUCCUGUGCUCGUUCUCUCACAGCGAUCGCCUGGAGGACGCCAAGAAGCUAUUCGAAGCAAUGCCGGAUCGAGACGCGGUGUCCUGGAACUUGAUGCUCGAUUCGUGUGUGACUUUCCGGGACUUGGAUCAAGCACUGGCUUUGUUCUCGAGAGCGUCGAGCCGGGACGUUGUAACUUGGACUCUUGCUGUCACUCUCGCUGCUCGAGUUGGCCACCCAGAUCAGGCAUCACAGUUCUUCUCAAGGAUGGCGCAGCACGAUCUCCUGGCACUGAACACGAUGAUCGGAGCCUACGCUCACGCCGGCCAGCUUCAGAAAGCUCGGAGGAUCUUCGAGAAGAUCGAGAGCCCCAGCACCGAUUCCUGGAACUCGAUGAUUACUGGCUACGCACAGCAUGGGCGGGCCGACCAGGCUCUCGGUCUCUUCACUGCCAUGGAGCUCCUUGGGGAAAGACCAGAUGAGCUGACCUUCGUGGGGAUUCUUUCGGCCUGCAGCUACCAAGGACAAGUGGACGCUGCUCGUGAAUACUUCGUCUCAAUGCAAGGUGACUAUCGCGAUGUGGAAGUCACGGUGGAUCACUACUGCUGCAUGGUGGACACGCUUGGGAGAUCCGGAAAGCUUGCAGAUGCUAGAGAGCUGAGUAGAACGAUGCCGUUUGAGCCCGACCAUGUGGUUUGGACGAGCUUGCUGGGCGCUUCUCGAAUUCAUGGCAAGAGAUAG